AUGGCCCAACAUCAAGCCGCAUUCCUCGAUGGCGUCAAUAAGCCUCUUCGUGUCGGUCCCAUUGAUACGAAGAAGCCUGGUCCCACAGAAGUCUUCAUCAAGGUCGCAGCCGUAGCUAUUAACCCUGUCGACUGGAAGAUCCAGCAAUAUGGCGCAUUCGUUACCAAAUGGCCCACCAUCGUCGGAGAAGACAUCGCUGGCGAGAUCAUUGAAGUCGGCGAACAGGUCACUAGGUUUUCCAAGGGACAGCGCGUCAUCACUCACUCGACCGCGUUUCUAAACCAAAGCGCUGACAAGGCGGGCUUCCAAGAAUAUGUCCUCAACAUUCAGGAAGCUGUCGCCCUCCUCCCUGACUCUAUCAGUUACGAGGCCGGCGUCGUGCUACCCCUUUCCGUCUCUACUGCAUCCGCUGGGCUGUUCCAGUCCUCGCACCUUGCCCUGGACAAGCCGAGUACGACUCCCAAGAAGAAUGGCAAGAAGCUGCUUGUCUGGGGCGCUAGCUCGAGCGUCGGCACUUCAGCCGUCCAACUAGCCGUAGCUGCGGGGUACGAUGUCAUUGCAACGGCGUCCGAAAAGAACUUUGGGCUGGUGAAGAGUCUAGGUGCUACAGCUGUCUUUGACCACCGUAGCCCCACCAUCGUGGCAGACCUAGUGGCCGAAUUGAAGAAGGGCGAGUUUGUUGGUGCUUAUGAUGCCAUCAGCUUGCGCGAGACUCAACUUGCCAUUGCACAGGUGGAGCAGGAACUCGGCGGAGGUUUCAUUGCUACCGUUCUUCCUGCGAUCGAAGAUGCCCCUGCCAAGGUAACCAUAAAAGGGACUCUCGCUUUAUCCAUUUUCAAGGAGCACGCGGAGGUAGGCAAGGCAGUUUGGGAAGACUUCCUCCCGCAAGCACUGAAGUCCGGGCAAUUCAAACCGUCCCCGCCACCGAAGGUUGUAGGGAAGGGCCUAGAAAUACUUCAGUCAGCGUUCGAUGAGCAGAAGGCUGGAGUGUCAGCGGCCAAGAUUGUUGUCACUUUGUAA